GCUGACGCUGAGAGAAAAAGAAAACCGUCUCCAAUAGUUGGGUGAUAUACAAUGGAAAUUACUCAAAUUAAAAUAUAGCUAAAACGCUGUCGUUCCACAGAUAAAAAAGGCUAUGAAAAAUUUGUAGCAGACUGAAAUGUAGAGCAAAGAUAGAGGAAAAGUAGAAAUGGAGGAACUGAGGAAGCUUGAACAACUCCACACAACUCUUACAUUUAUGCAAUCUCAUAACUUCGUUCGCUCUUCAUCUCUCGAUUCAAAUCGCUUCAUCGCCAAUCUCGUCCUUCUCUUAUUACAACCAUGCGGCGAACUCAAUCUUGACAUGAAAUUCCGUUUACUUUCUGAAUAUUUACCAAAAAUUUCAGUCAGCUUUCUGGAAGAAGCAUCACAAUGGGUUCGUUUUGAAACUGAUGAAAGAGAUUAUCAAGAGGUUAAUGAUCCGUCCGGUAAGAAGGAUUGCCUCCCAUUGCAGAUAAACCACGAGGAGGUAGCAAUGGUGGGACUGGAAGCAAUGGAACGAGCAAAUUCUACACUUGAGGAUUUUUGCAGAUCUUAUUUUAUGUUUCAUGGAGUGGACAUAGACAGCCCACUUAUGAUAUUUGAAUAUUUCCCUGUUCUUGCAUUCACUGAAAGUUAUAUUUAUCAGUUAGAUGGUUUGAAUGAGAAGAUACUCUCUAUACCAACAGAAGGAGACACUUCUCUAGCAAAAGAAUUUGAGAAGAUGAACUAUCAGUGUUGGGCUGGAACAUUUGCAAACAUGUUAGAAAAGGAUCCAUUCAGACCACUUUUAAAUGUACUUGAACUCCGGGGACUCCUUACUGACAGGAUCAGAGAAGAAUUUAGGUCUGGAGAGGAGUACUGGGCAUUGGAAAGAAAGCUAUGUUGUGCACUAACACACAAAAUGGAGAUAUCUAUUAAAGAUGUCAUGAGGGCAAUUCAUCUAAAGUCGUUUGACUAUCGGGUGCUGAAUCUUCUUCUGUAUCAGUUAAGAGGUCAAGAGGUUAAUGACUUGCACAUGGAAUUCCUGUCAGUCUCUGAAUUCCUCGUAGAAAUAUCAGAUGAUCUCAUGGUGUCAAUUAUAUACUCAACUCCCAGAUGAUAUAACAAUGCUCCAGGUUUGACUAUGAGGAUGACGUAUUAGAAAAUAAUUUCAAUAUUUUGCGCAUGUUUGUCAAAAUAUAUGGACCUUCAACUGCCCCAGCUAUGUUGGCAAAAAACAUAACAGAUGCUGAAGAGAGGUAUGACAAUUUAUUGAAAACUUUGGAUCCUCAGUUGUCCUCGAAAUACCAGAGAAGAUGCGAAGAAGCCACUAAAGAAGGUGGCAAGGUUUCAGGAAACCCUCUUGGAACAUGGAGUAUUCCACCUGUGAUAGUAAACGAGGAUCUUUAUCGAUCAAACUGUCUAAAUACUGAAUGAACAGCUUAGGGGUUGAAUGAUCUAAUUUGAUAUAAGAAGCCUCUAGUUUCAGGAGAAUAGUAUACCCUUCCUGUAUCUAACUCUAGCUUGGAUGGUGGAUUUGGCACUAUACAUUUCCUUGAAAACCUGUUAUAGUUGCAGUAAUAUGUUGAUCCUGACACUGGUUUUUCUUUUAUGGUGUCAUGUAUGUUUCACUGAAAUACAAGGAACAUUGGUUUGUGCUGAGUGUCCUGACAUGUGGUACAGGGUUUUUGGUUCCGUUGGGUACACUCUAUUAUUAUCUCAAAUCAAACUUAAUAGUAAGAUGAAAAUCGAGGUUGGAAUUUUUUUUAAAA